GGAAAGUCACACGCGGAAAGAAGGAAAACGGAAUCUAGUGGAAAUUCAUAAGAUAUAUUUUUGCACUAUUUCCCUCUACGCGGAAAGAAUAUUCGUCACGCCAAAAAUAAAAGUUAACAAAAGUGCAUUAUUUAGUUACCGCCUGACAUUAAGAAACCGCUUUCCUUUUAAGCCGGAGUGGAACCGGCGUGAAGAACACAACUGUAUAUGCCGUAUUUAAAUAUGCACAUAUUACGUAGCAAAGAAGUCUGGGGUUAAAAGAGUUGUGCAGAUUUGGAUGAAUAAAUCUUGUUUGGUUUUUAAAGGUAUUGAGACUGCUUAGCAAGACUUCUAGUUACAGCCCAAAAACAUUUUCAUGAGGGCGUACAUCCACACGUUCAGAAAAACGGCGGCAGCGAAAUAAAAAGCGGGACUUCAGUUGAUAUAUAUAUGUAUUGUUCUCGGAAAAGUGGUUUUCUGAAUAAAAGCAAAAUGGCCCCAGAGAAUAAGAAAAUUUUUUGAAGUUAAGGUAUUUAAAAAACGUUGCACUGAUUGCUGUCGUAAAACUACAGAGGACAAACCAAAAAGAGGCAUUAGGGAUUUUUAAUUUUCAAACUACUCAUAGUUAUCAUAUUCUUAGCUAAAGUAUUCGAGGGCGGUGUACCUAAUAUAGGUGUAAAUAAUUUCAAAUGUAUAAACGUACGUUUGUUGCUUUAAAAUCUGAAAGAUUUUCGUCAUGAAAUUGUUUAGAUUUACAUAAAAUUAGUGCUGUUUUGAGAUUGAAAUGGUUGCAGGCAAUAUGAAAAUCAUAACACUUACAAAUGUAUCAACUGCUAAAAAUCAACAUCACAAUAACAACGUUUUAACGACUACCUCCCAAAAUUCGAUAACGAAUACUACCAAUACUCAACAAGCAGCAAAUAAUGCAAAUAAGUCUCCAAAGAUGAGGUAUUAUAAAGGAAACAUCUACAACAAUGACAGCGUUAAGUCGCUGCAAACACCAAAACAUUGCGCUUCAAACAACAAAAAUGGUAAAAAAUCACAUUCACACAUGUUAUACAACAUUCCCACUACAUCAGUUUUAAGUAGCAAGAAAUAUUAUCAGCAACAUCACCGCUAUAAUCAACAGCAGCAAAUUAAUAAAGAUAUUAGAAACAAUAAUGCAUUAAAAAAUCAUGUAUUAGAAUUCGAUACAUCGAGUCCAGUAGAUAUACUUCCAUGUGUGCAAAACCAAGAGAUACCGAUUAUGAGUAACAAUUUAGUGAGUGUCGAAGAUUUGGUAAAUAAUAAUACUUCUAAAUUAGACGCUAACUCCAUUUAUAAACCAACAAAUAACGAUGCUAACUGCGCUGGUCUGAUCGUUGACAAUUCCAUUGCUCUUUCUUCGCAUAGAGCAAAAUCUGAGUUCAAACAACGUACGCCAUCAACAUCCCCAAAGAUUGCUGCGCCUAUAUUACUAGCUUCGAGCGGAAUAACUGCCGCAAAUCCUUCCGGUCAACACAAUUGCCUAGGCGAAAACACAAGCAUCAAUCUUGAUUGUAACAGUUGUUGGACAAAUUUGGUGACUCCCCAGUGUUCUGAAUCUCAAUCAUUGUUAUCCUGGCCUUGGGUGCACGUAAGUAGACGUAAAAGUGUUUCAGUUAGCUCCACAUCGUCGUACUCUUCGUCGUCGUCGGUAUCAUCGACAGCAAGUAACUCUGAAUUGUUACAAAAUACCAACGUUAAAUACGCAAAUAACACAACCGAUAUUAUUCACACAAAGAAAAAGCCAUUUAGAAAAGGAAAUAUCAACAACAUCAGAGUUCCCAAAACAGAGAAGCGUCCAUCUCCACACAUAAAGGGGCCAAACCAGCGCAGGACUUUUAACGUGUCGACAACGGCAAAUGAUCCACAAGACAUUAAGUGCUCCAUUGCUUCUUCUGCUGACAAUCAAAAAAAUUCGUAUUCCGCCGAAGACGCCAGUCCGAAAAAGACAGCAAUGGCAACUGUGUUGUCAUCGAGCACAGUUUCCUCCCCAACAGCAAUAACAACUACAGUUGAUCCUACAGUAAAAACAACUAUUGCCGAAGGUGAUACAGAAAACACAGAGGAGUCCAUAAGUACUGCCGAAACAUUAACAGUUACAACUCCUUUUUCAACAUCGGUAAAUGAAAUUAAUGCUAUUGGAGAACACAAAACUCCGUCGGUAUCGCCAGCAACGACAUCCGCAUCAACUGUCACGUCUAAAACUUUAGAUAACACCUCUUCCACAGUUACUUUGGCGACGUCGCCUACUUCAUCAACAACAUCAACACAGGGGUCAACCUUUUCCAAUUCCUACUCAUUAGAUUUCCUGCACUCGGUAGGUGAGCAAAUGACAGGUGGCGCAAAUUUGUCACCGCAUUGUAAGAGUAAUACAAAUGAUAUGCGCACAACAGUAUUCAAUAGUCAAAAUCCAGUCGUGGUUUCGCCGGUGCGAAACGUAUACUAUCAAAAUUCUUUGCCGCAAAGACCGCAUAUAAUGCAUGAGCGAUAUGUACCAAAUAGUAGUGGAUUUGGAUUUAAUAGUAAUAGCAGUACGACUGGCGUUCAUAUAAGAGACCAACGAGGGCAUCGUUUCCAGCAACAUCAUCACCAUCCACAGAGGCUGACAAUAGGCUCCUUUAUGCAGAAAGAACUUCUAAAUGAAGGCUUUAUUGGCAGCGGCAGCAGCAGCAGCAAUGGAAACGAUGGCAUCAAUGGAAGUGGGGACAGUGGGAGUGUCGAUGUUAAUAAUAACAAUGGUGAGCAUCGUAAUAAUCAGCGUCGUAACUACUACCCAUCCCACUAUCAACAACGCGUAUCCAAAGCUCAGCAUGAAUAUGCAUCGGUGCAAACUUCGUAUAACAACGAAAUAGGAAACAAUGGGGUUUCACGUACAAGUCGAAACGGCAAUAGUACGCCCCUGCAACAAUCUAAGCAAUACAUGUAUCAGAAUCAUCAAAAUAACGUGGGUGCCACAUCGAAUUCCUAUCAAAAUCGUGGUGUUGUUGAGGAGACAGACAGUGGCGGUGGGAGUGGUGGUAGUGGCAAUGUCAGCGGAGGUAACGAAAGUAAUGGAACUAACGAAACUAUAUCCAACAAUGUGCGGCUCUCCAAACAGUCACAACAGAAAUUGUCGAGUGCCAAAAAAUCUAGUGGUAUAUCUAGCGCCACAUCUUCAUGCUCAUCGUCUUCGGCGUCUUCCAAUUCUUCGCAAGCAUCAACUACGUCUUACCGUCAACAAAAAGUAAAAUCAACUGCCCAAAUGAAUUUAGUCAUUGAGACGCUACCUAGGAAAAUGAAUUCGACUACACAUCGUCCCAAUCAUAGAUUGCAGCAGUUUGCUUAUCAUAGCCAACAACACAAUUCUCAGCAAUAUGCGUCGACAACGGGGGCGUUGCAGUCUGCAACUGUUCAGCAACCUCAUCAAAACAUCCACAAUUUGACUUACGUAAAUACGGAAGCCCUUACAUCGCUUCCAAAUGUAGGCAUGAGCACAUCUGUCCCAUCGCGUAGCUGCAGCCCUUUACCGCCGCCUCCACCUAGUACACCUGGUGCACAAUCACAAAAUAUCACGCCAUCAAUGGUACUUUCUUAUACCCCGAACCACUUUCAAUCUCCGCAUCACCAACAAAGUUUUGUGCAUGGUAGGUGCAUGUUUGCGCCCUUUGCCCUGAAUACGUCUUCUGCGCAUGCGGCAUCAUCCCAUGCAGCAUCUCCGCUUACAGUUGGAAAUAUGUUGUGUUACACGCAGUUGAACGAUUCUGGCACAUUAUGCGAUGCUAAUCAGCCAACAAUCAGUGUUCUCGCAUCAAUAAAUAAUGAUUAUGAUGAUUCUGACUCUUCUUCAACGAACUCAGUCGCAUUUACACAACGUCGGAAUAAUUAUCAACAUGUUAAAUCAGUGUCACUUUCAUCAUCGUCUUCGGCGUCCUCAACCUCUUCAUCAGCAGCACGAAAUUUCAAUGCAACGCAGCAGCCAGUGGCUGUAGUUGCCGUGCCGCAUUUGCACAGUCCGGACUCAUCAGACUUUGCUUUUAGUACAAAUUUCCCUGCAUCAUCACAGCACUACACAACACAACCCGCACCAUCUCCUCAACAACAACAGCAAUCACCAUUCAGGGGUAAUGGAAUUAUAUCAGCGUUUAAUGUACCAUUAAGUAAUGCCUAUACGGAUGAUGAUUUGAAUUCGAUCAAACAACAGCAACUGAAACAUCAACACCUGCAUCACCAACAACGGCAUUUCUACUUUGCAUCUGGAGAGCAUUUGAGUGCUGCUCCACCUUCGGCCCACACGGGAAAUGGCGGGUACUGGAGCCCUUUGCAGCACUCGAACUUUUUAUACCCUCAGCCUGCAAAUUUGAUGGCGUCUACUCCGUGCCUCACGCCCACGGCAACACUAUCACCAUGCUUAAGUGAUCACGAUGACAAUUAUCAUCACCACCACCAUAUUCAUAAUCAACAACAGUUAAACAUCGUUACUCAAUCUGAGGUGUUGCCUCCAGUCAGCCAUUUAAAGCGCAGCUCAUCCACACAAAUGGGGCAUAGCGCCAUCAUAUCACAACAAACACAUCAACAUCACCGUCUUCCACAGUCCACUGUCUCGCAAGGAGGUAGUACUGUAGCUUCCUUGCGCCAACGUAGUGGUGGGCGUAUUCAACUGCAGGGGCCGCAGCAUCUUCAAACGGCUGCUCCCCAACCGCCACCAAAUUCUAUUUCGCAUGUAUAUCCGCAACAUAAUCUUCUCUAUGGUGGUCCGCAAACUCAUAUACGUUCCUUAACAAACACGUCGCAUGAGUUUUUCACGCACACCCCACCCGAUCGUUUUUUAGCAAGAGCACAUCUCAUAGAAGCCAAAGAAGCACCAAGCUCAUUAUUAAAUAACUCCAAAUGGGAUCAUCUGUCCCAAGGCGUCUGGAAUAAAUUUAUCAGUUCGCAGCAAACCGAGGAGACUUACAAACAGAAGAUGCACCUCUGGCGCUUUCUGUAUAUUAUUAUCAAGAACGCUUAUCCACGUUUCGGUCUAUAUCUGGUGGGCUCAACAAUUUCAGGAUUUGGUGCCGAUACUUCGGAUGUUGAUAUGUGUUUGGUAUCACGAAGUGCGUCCAGCGUCGAACCCCGCAUAGAGGCAUUGUAUAAUCUAACAGUUCUACGAGAUUAUUUGAGCAAAUCAGCUGAGUUCGAAAAUUUCAAUCUGAUUGAAGCAAAAGUGCCAAUAUUACGCUUUAGACACCGCAUUCAUCAACUGGAAGUGGAUUUAAAUUUCAACAACUGUGUUGGUAUCAAAAAUACACAUCUACUGUAUUGCUAUUCGCAGCUUGAUUGGCGUUUACGUCCUAUGGUGUUAGUUACAAAACUGUGGGCGCAAUAUCACAACAUUAACAAUGCCAAAAAUAUGACUAUAUCCAGCUAUUCUUUGGUUCUUAUGGUAAUACACUUUUUGCAGUACGCUGUCAGUCCAGCAGUGCUCCCGUGCUUGCAUGAGUUGUUCCCCGAUAAGUUUCACUUGUUGCGAUCAAAUGACUUUGGGCACGUGGACAUGGGCGAAUCGAUUGGUCCCUUUGAGUCGAAAAACACGCAAACUAUCGGAGAACUAUUUUUGUAUUUUCUGGAGUACUACAGUUGUUUCGAGUACUCACAAUAUGCCAUUUCAAUUCGUACCGGUGGUCUCCUGCCUAUCAAUGUAUGCCGUUUGGCGAAGUCAUCGAAAAACGAUAUCCACCAUUGGAAGGAGCUGUGCAUUGAAGAACCUUUUGAUUUAACAAAUACAGCGAGAUCGGUGUAUGAUUUCGAAACUUUUGAACGUGUCAAAGCAGUAUUUGUGGCUUCCUGGCGAAUAUUACAACAAACUCUUGAUCUAAAUUCUAUUUUUUCACCAAUUAUCAUACCAAUAUCCGGCAGUGUUGUUUCCACGUUAAAUCGCACUGGUUUACAAUAUGAUGACUCCUGUGAUAGAACGUCGUCAGAGACUGCAACAAGAGAAAACAGCACUAUGCAUGCCACUGCAAAUGGGCCCAAUAUGCUCUUACGCCAAGAUACUACUACUACUCACGUGUCUCCCGCUGUUACGUUUAUUUCUUUACCGAAAGACUCGAGUAUGCACGUUAUGAAAGAAGUGAUGCACAACAACGCAAACGGGGAUGAUACGACUGCUGCUGGAUCAUUGUCAGAACAUUGUCUGGAGAUUGAAAACGAUGUAUCAACAAAACCGUUCGCUACUGGUAUUGCAUCAUAAUAAUUUAACGUACGAGAGAUAUUCGCUUUCCAUGUCUUCACGUAU